GGAGGAAAUUAUGGCAGUUUUCCCUGUUCUCAUAACCUUAUAAAAGAUCUUUCUUUCUCUCUUCUAAUCUCCCUCUCUCUCUCUCUCUUUCUCUUUCAUGACAACACUAAGCAAUUCCUAGUUCUUGAAGCAACAGAAAUUAGCCAUCAAAACCACACACCAAGUGAGAAAAACCAUAACAAGAAGUUGAACAAAAGAAAGAAAAAAAAAAAAGAAAGGAAGAGAUGAGAUGAGUAGUAGUAGUAUAGUAGUACAAAAGAAAACCCACUUUGCAUAACCAUCAUUGCAAUCAAAUUCAACUAGGAAAAAAGUAGCCAUAUAAUAUAUCCAAUAUAUUAGUACUACUUAUACUACUACUUAUUAAGUUGAGCAGUGUUUGUUUCUUUCACAUCAUCGAAUCUUUUGUUAUAUCAGAAUAAAAAAAAAACAGAGACUAGUAGAGAUCAAAUUAGAAAGAGAAGAGAAAAAUGGAUAUUGAGUUGGCUAAGUGUGAGUGCUGUGGAUUGAAAGAAGAUUGUACCCAAGACUAUAUUACAGAUGUGAAGUCUAAAUUCGAUGGAAAAUGGCUAUGUGGGUUAUGCUCAGAAGCUGUUCGAGAUGAGGUUAGCAGAGGAAAAAGUAGUCUUUCUUUUGGUAUGGAAGAAGCUGUGAAAGCUCACAUGUCUUUUUGUCGUAAGUUCAAAUCAAACCCCGCCGUUCGAGUGGCCGAUGGGAUGAGACAGAUGCUUAGGAGAAGAUCAGGUGAUUUGUCAUCAUCAUCAUCAUCCUCAUCUUCUAAUUCAUCUUCUUCCAAGAAAUACUCAAGAUCAACAACCACAUCAUUGUAUUAAUUAGCAGCUAAUUGGGGGGUUCUCAUAUAUACAUAAGUACCCUCUAAUUAAUUUCAGGUUACAAAUAAUAUUUAUCAUCAUAGUUUAACUGCUUGUUGGCCUAUCAUGGUUUAAUAAGUCUCUUUCUCUCUCCCUCUCUUUCCCUUCAUCUCUCUCUUCUCAUCUUUUUGUUCAUGUGUACAGGACUUUUAUAUAAAUUGAAGAUUUGGUUCUUUUAGUUUUGAUUA